ACCCCGCACGUCCCUCCUGGUGACAGCACUGCCCUGCCUCCUCUCCUGGUGCUUCAUCGCCUUCGCCAACUCCAUCACUCUGAUCUACGUCGGUCGUUUCAUUACCGGCAUCUUCUCAUUUUUCCCCAGUUCCACAGGUUUAUGCCACUGAGAUAGCGGAGCCGAAUAUCCGAGGACUGAUGGGAGCCUUCCCCGAGGCAGCUGUGGCCCUGGGUCCUCCCCUUUGCUACGCCUUCGGGUCGGUGAUGGACUGGCGGUGGCUGGCAGGGAUGGCAGCGCUGGUUCCUGGUGUCCCGCUCUUCAUCUCCAUGUUGCUGUUCCCCGAGUCUCCACAGUGGCUCACCAAAAAGGCCAAGUUACAGCAAGCCGAGAAGUCACUCAGGUUCUUCAGGCAGAAAUCCCACAACGUGACAGCUGAAGUGGAUAUGAUCUAUACCAAUAUUACGGAGACGGGCGGCGCGGAGAUCUCUAUUUGGGAGCAGAUUAAGCUCUUCCGGAAGGCGCAGAACUGGAAGCCGGUGCUGAUCGUGUUUUUGGUGUUCAUGUGCGGACAGUUCAGCGGGUUCGCCGUCGUCACCGCCUACACUGUUGACAUUUUCGACGAAGCCAACACUAACAUCCACUCAGAUACGGCUACUGUUAUCGUCGGUCUGGUCAGGUUCGGCUCGACGUUAGUGAGCGCCAUAUUGCUGGACAGAACUGGCCGUAAACCACUUCUCAUUAUCUCCGCCAUCGGCUCCAGCGUGGGCAUGGUAUCUAUCGGCACUUUCUUCUACCUCAAGGACGUCGGGGCCACUGAGGGACUGGGGUGGCUGCCGCUGGCGUCGCUGCUGGUGUAUGUGUUCUUCAACGAGCUGGGUUACGGCCCAUCCCUGGCUGCUGUCUGGAGCUCAUCCCCUUGGCGGUGCGAACUAUAGGGAACGGUGUGGCGGUCACAGCCUACUCCUUGUUCGCCUUCAUCAUCGGCCUCACGUACCCGAUGCUGACGAGUAGAAUAGACGUGUACCUCGUCUUCUGGACAUACGCCUUAUUCAGUCUCUCCGGCGUGGCUC